CGCACACUCACAAGCUCACGCGCCCCCGCCCGCGCGCACACACAGGCUCGAGGGAAAAGAGUGGUUUGGUGAGAGUUUAAGCGGAGAAACUCCGAGUUCCAGGCGGAGCAGAGGAGAUACCGAGGCCGGAGUUCAGGCGGUGAGGUGGCGGAGCAGAGCCGGGCUCGGGUCGCUGGAGCUCGGUGUUAUUACUGUGGGAAUAGCGGUGUUUGGGACUGAAACCCCGGAGCAAUUCUACUGAAGCCGGUUGCACUAUGUUUUGACUAAAUGUUUUUUAGUGCCACUGGAUGCAACUCAACUCCAAACCAUGAUCCAUCCACCCCCAUGCUUAACAGUUGAUGAUUGGAUCCAGAUGCUGACCUAAACUCCAGCCCAUCCAUCCACCUGUUGCUGGAACCCAUCUGCUGUAUUGUGUGCUGGUGCUUGGUCCUGCAGUGUCCUGUCUGAAAUCAUGUCCUCCACCACAGCGGCUGGAGCAGGUUCUCAGCCUGUUCCUGACUGGCUGGGCGGGCUUCACCUUGAGCAGUACUGCACUGCUUUCCAUGAAGCUGGACUUACAACACUGUGGGAAUGCAGGAGGCUGACCACAAGCCAACUGGAGGACAUGGGCAUCUGCUUGAAGGGACACAGGAGGCGGAUUCUUGGAAGCCUGCAGAAGCACUUUCCUUCAGAACGAGGGAUGGAAGAGGAGGACGAGGAUGACAAGCCUGUUCCGAUGGAGAGGACGAAAUUCAGAGGACACGUUCAGGGGACGUCAUCGGAGUGUUCGGGAAGCUCUCAGUCUCAAGCUGGCAAACUUCAAAACCACAACCAGAACAUUGCUCCUCCUCCUAUCCCUCCCCGACACAUCCCGAACCGCCCACCUGUACCUUUCACAUCCCAGCCUGUUGCCGUAGCAACCACCGACAGUCCCGUACCUGCGAAAGCUAGCAGUCCCAUCUCUCCAACAAGCGCAUCUUUACCAACAAUCAAACCGAGGCAUACAACUCCUGCUGCUCCAGUCCCUCAAGCCAGACCCACUCCUGCUCCAAGGCCACGCCCAGAAAGCUUGCCUCUAAAACAGACGACGGAAAAGCAUCAGAGUGUCGACAAAAAGCUUUCGCCCAUCUCUCCAUGUGUGUCUUCCUCCUCAUCAUCGUCCUCGUUGUCGUCAUCAUCGUCUUUAUCGUUAUCUUCAGAACAGUUUCACCUGUACGAGCAGUGUUCUUCUCCAGGGCAGGCCGAGAUGGGGAUUCCUCCUCUACCCCCAAAAGCUUACGCCAUCGGGGCCUCCAGAGAGCCCAAGUUGGCUCCUCCUGGUAAACCUACCCGCAGACCACCUAUACCUCCUCGUACCACUAACCCCCCCACCACCACCAGCACCACCAGCACCAACAACCCCCCCACCACCACCAGCACCACCAGCACCAACAACCCCCCCACCACCACCAGCACCACCAACCACAAUAAUGCCGCGGCACAACCCAAAAGUCCUCCAGCUCUCAGCUCCUCUCCAGUGGAUGAUCUCUUGGAUUUAGAACAAGCUCCAGACGUACCACCACGGCCCGCAUCUCAGAGCCCGAAGAAAGUAGUUCCCUUACCCCCCUCUCAGAGCAGGCUGGUGGAUUCUUCAGAAAGUUCGGAUGAGUAUGAAGAUUUGGGACAGAGCAGAUGUGGAACCACUGACCCCUUAGACAUGGCAGACAAGAGUACGUCCCUGCCAGUUCCCAUAAUACCCAAACCUCGCUACAGCAGCCUGUGCAGUGAUGACGAAGUUCUAGACGAUGAAGGUGACCUCUGUUACGAGUCUGUGCCGGAGAAGAGGGAUCUGUGGAUUGAGAACUACAGUUCACUCCCCAGCACACAGAACAGCAUCUACCUGCCAGUCACAGGACGGGUUUUAGCCCCUUCCCCUAAAACAGACUCCACCCCUCAGCUCACACCGGUCAUAAAGAUGGGCUGGCUGGACAAGAACCCUCCACAGGGGUCACUGAUCUACCAACGACGUUGGGUCAAACUGGACGCUGAUUACCUGAGAUACUUCGACAAUGAAAAGGAAGUCUAUUCAAAGCGAGUCAUACCAACCUCCUCCAUCACGGGGGUGGCUAACGUGGGAGAUCAGAAGUUUGAGGUCGUCACACACAAUCGGAUCUUUCUUUUCCGAGCAGAGAGUGACUCUGAGAGGAAUGAAUGGGUUUCAGUGCUGCAGGAUAUGACCGGUCCGGUCCGUGCGAGGGUGAGCAAUGAGUUGACCCUUAACCCCAUGGUGAACUCUGAGAUGAAGGGUUAUCUGGAGCUGCGGGGUCUGCGCUCUAAACUCUACACUGUGGUGUGUGGAGAUAAAGUCUUCCUCUACAAAAAUAUUGAGGAAUAUAAAAUGGGUAUUGGGAUUACCUCCAUAGACAUGAACGUAGGGAAUGUGAAAGAAAUGGACAGGAGAGCAUUUGACCUGACCACACCCUACCGCAUAUUCAGUUUUAUAGCAGAGACCGACCAGCUGAAGGACCAGUGGGUGGAGGCCAUGCGCAACUCCAUCGCAGAAGCUCUGUCCAAUUACGAGGUUGCUGAGAAGAUAUGGGCGGAGCCAGAUAACCAGAAAUGUGCCGACUGUGGCGCCCCCAAACCCGAGUGGGCGGCCAUUAACCUGUGUGUGGUCUUCUGCAAACGUUGUGCAGGAGAGCACCGCAGCCUUGGCCCCAGCAUAUCAAAAGUACGGAGUCUCAAAAUGGACAAGAAGGUUUGGACUAAUGAGCUUAUCCAGCUGUUUCGGGUGCUAGGCAACGAGCGGGCCAAUCAGUUUUGGGCGGCUAACGUCCCGCCCAGUGAGGCGCUGAGUGUGUGCAGUAGCAGCGAGGAGAGGCGGCGCUUCAUCACAGCCAAAUACCGGGAGGGGAAAUACCGCCGGUACCAUCCGCUCUUCGGCAACCAGAAAGAACUCAACAAUGCGUUGUGUAUUAAUGUGCAGUCUAAUGACGUGUGUGAGACCCUGGCCCUGGUGUUUUGUGGAGCUGAUGUGAACUGUGACACAGGCCUCCCAGAUUCCCCCUCCCCUAUUGCCCUUGCAGUGAACUACGGGCAGGCCUUACAGGUGGAGUUCCUCACGCAGAACCGCAACACAGAAAUCCCAAGAUCCGAAGUGAAGCUUGCCAUACACACAGAGCACUACAUGGCCCCGCCUUCCAUCACACACAAUGGCUUCCUGUUUAAAACCGCCUCCAUGGCCCGUCCAAUCACAGAGCGGAAGAACAAAGAAGAGUUCAGCAGGCGCUGGUGUGUGCUAAAUGAUGGAAACUUUAAUUAUUAUGAAAGUGAUAAGAACGCCACGCCCAACGGGGGUCUGAAGAUGAAGGAGAUUGUCUGUCUGGCUGUCAGUCCUCCUGAGACACAUGGGUAUGAUCACUCAUUUGAGAUCUACUCGGAUGCAGAGCGUCUCUACCUUUUCGGCACUGACAAUCCUGAGACCAUGAGGGAAUGGGUGAAAUCUAUCGCCAAGUCAUUCAUCCCUCAGUGUGCGGAGGAGUUGCUGCAGAAGGAUUUUGAGCGGAUUGGCCGCUUGCGGUACAAAGACCCGCUGAAUCUGGAGAGCUCCAGGGUGGGCUGGUUCUGCCUGGUGGGCUCCACCCUGCAUGUGUGCCUGGAGGACAGCCACGGCCAGGAAACCAUCCACCUGCAGAAACUUCUAGAGCUGUCAAGGGAUAAUGAAGUUCUGGUGCUGGUUGAGAGGGGCAGAACGCUGUAUAUAGAGGGUGAGAGGAAGUUGGAUUUUCAUGGCUGGGCGGCUGGGAUCGAGAGGGCUGCUGGAAGUUCUGGAGAUACGCUGCGUCAGCAACAGCUCACCGAGGCCGACAUACCGGUUAUAGUGGAGCGCUGCAUUCACUACAUCACGCAAUACGGGCUGACGUCUGAGGGGAUCUACCGUAAGAGCGGUGUGAACAGUAAGAUCGCCGCCCUUCUGGAGGCGUUCAGGCGGAAUGCUCGCUCUGUGUGGUUGAAGGAGGCGGAGCAGCAGGUGGAUGACGUCUCCAACGUUCUGAAGAGGUUCUUCAGGGACAUCGAGGAGGGUCUGUUUGGCCAGCAUUCACAGAACUGGCUCACCACUACAGCUGUUUCAGAUGAAAGCAAGAGGAUAUCUCACUAUCAGCUUCUGUUCAACAACCUGCCCCGGGUCAACAAAGCCACACUACGCACCCUAGUCAAUCACUUAUACUGUGUUCAGCGCUUUUCCGAGAUGAACCAGAUGAACCUGCAUAACUUGGCGAUAGUGUUUGGGCCGACGCUGUUCCAGACAGAUGGUAAAGACUACAACGCCGGGCGUGUGGUGGAGGACCUCAUUCAGCACUACAUCGCCAUAUUCCAUGUAAAUGAGCAGCAGUUAAAGAGGCAGCUUGAUGAGAUCACCUACAUCAUUAAGCUGAGAGACAACCUCAACCCUAAAACAGGACCGGCCAGUGGUGAUUUUAUCUGUACAGUGUAUCUGGAGGAGAAGAAGGAGACAGCGGAACAGCAUGUGAAGGUCCCGGCCUCUAUGACGGCAGCUGAGCUAACGUUUGAGAUCCUGGACCGACGGAAAAUGACCUGGAAAGAUAAAGACUACUGGUGCUGCUUUGAGGUCUAUGAGAAAGAAGAAACAGAACGUCCACUGCACUAUCAGGAGCGUGUGCUACCCAUCCUGCACUCUCUGGGCACAGACAGUUACCUGCUGGUGAAGAAGCAUCACUCCAUGGAGGCCAUGCUGGUAUAUCUGGCCAGCAAGGUGGACGUGACUAAGCAUGGCAUGCUGAAGUUCAGAGAGGAGAAGAGUCUGCUUGGUUUGACCACCGGCAGCUUCAAUGACAGAUACUUCAUGCUCAACCAGACGUCAUUACGACUCUACAAGGAUGUUCGAAGUAAUCGGGCUGAGAAGGAGUGGCCAGUGAAGUGUCUGAAAGUUUUCCAAGGCAUCAAGAAGAAGCUCCGCCCCCCUACUUGCUGGGGUCUCACCGUCGUCUAUGAAAGUGAAAGAACAGAGAAGCAGGAGAAACAGCAGUGGUAUCUGUGUUGUGACACUCAGACGGAGAUGAGAGAGUGGUUUGCUACGUUUUUGAGUAUACAGCAUGCCGGGGUGCUCUGGCCGGCGGAUUGGGUGAAGUCUCGAGCUGCGAGUCGCGCUGCGAGUCGCGCUGCGCCGCCGGACGCCCGGCUCGGUAACGUCUCCCUCAUUCCUCUCCGCGGCAGCGAAAACGAGAUGAGGAACAGCGUGGCUGCUUUCACUGCCGAUCCCCUCGCUCUAUUUGGAAAUCUAUGACCACCGAGUAAACGUGCCAGCGUAGAUCUUCUGUAUGCCGGAGGAAGGAUCUUCUUUCAGCUGUCCACGGCCGAGCCUUUUGUAGAUCACUCCAGAAUACGUGGACCAGUUGGACCAUCCUGUUUUUAACAUAGAGAACUUUAUGUACAGUUAUUGACCUCAUCCCUCAGCUUGCCUUCCAGGACUGCAUUUGACCCACAGCUCUAUAGAAACUGAAUCUUUCUCACUCCUCCUGGAAUUUAUCUCCUGCACCUGAAUGUCUGAUUGUCACGUUUGGGAUGUGGUUGACCUUGACACUGUUACACUUAAGUGUUCCUUGGACCAGGCUGAGAAGCUUCAAGAAGGAGAGCAGGUUCUACGAAGGGUUCCUGAACCUGCCGUUAUAGAGUAUGGAGCUUCUGGACUGUUUUGGACAGCAAUCGUUUGGAAGAUGUUCCUCUUCCACAAGCAAUGUGGGUCACUAGAGCUGCACGAUAUUAUUAAAUACAGAAAUACCGUUUAUUCUAUCAUGGAGGUGGUAAAUGGGGUUUAAAUGUUGAUAUGUGUACAGUUAUGCUCAGUAGGGCUCAAAUCUGAGCUGGGGAACCAGUAGAAAAUGUUAAGGGCCUUUAAGCAUUCAAAUCAUGCUUUGAAUGUGAUGAUUUCUGAGAAUUAAAACAUAUAAGCACUAAUUUCAGUUCAUUUGUAUUUAAUAUAUUAACAGUACUAGUCUUACAGCUAAAUGAGCCGAAUCUCCCAUUGGUUGGGCCUAUAACGGUAGAACUGAAGACCGAAUGCAUGAAAGCGAGCCUUUUGUUGGUGUUUAAUCAGUAAUAGCCCAAAUAUAUAAUAUAUAUAUAUACACCAUAUUUUUCAGACUAUCAAUGAACGUCUUUUUUCUUAUCUAUUUUCGUACAUAUGGCGCAACGGAUUAUAAGGCUCAUUAAGCAACACUAGCAAGGAUUCCUACAUCGAAGUGAGCAAGGGUGUUACCAUGCUUCCCUUCUAAUAGGGAAACUGUUUUUUUUUUCCAAAGUCAAACAAGUGCUUGAUGUUAAUCUCCACAGAUUUCUCCUGAAAACUGUUUAUUUGGGUGAGUAAAUUGCUUCUGUUUAUUUAUAGUAAGCUUAGAUUUCCAAUAUUUAGCUUAAGGUCAGUUUUCAGUAAAGUUUCUCCAGCACUAAGGCUGGAUGCAACGGAAUUAGCAUUAGCUGAUAAUUGCAGCAGCUAGCAGGACGUUAAUGCGACCUGAUAGCGGUAACUCAGGGCGCUAUCAGCUAGCGGUUCAUCCUGCAUAGCUUGUUUUGUUUUUUUUGUUUGUUUUUAUAAUUUUAUUACUCAUUUUUUCCCAUUUUCUCCCCAAUUUACACAGCCAAUUACCCAACCCACUCAUGCCCCAACACACCAGGAGGCUUUCACAUGUGCUUCCUCCGAUACAUGUGAAGCCAGCCAUCGCUGGCUCCCUCUGCGCACCGGCAGCUUCAUGGCAAAGCUGCAUGAGCGGGGGUUCGAACCUGCGACCUCCCGCUCAUAGUGGCAGCGCUUUAGACCACUGGACCACUCUACGCCCUCUGCAUAGCUUGUUUUAACAAGGCGAACACACAGACUACUAUCCAAUAUACUCUACUCUGAACGGCGAACGAGCUAGCGCUGCGGUUAGCGGCUAAUGCUAAUGCUGCUGCACCCAGCCUUAGUGCUGGAGAAACAUAUGAAAACUCACACUAACCUUAAAACUCUGUACUUCAGUGGAGUGGCUUUACUGCUCCCUAACACCUUACUGGUAGAAUUCAUAGAUAAGGCACACCAGAUUCUAAAACUUUUUUUGAAAAUUAAAGGAUUUUAUGUGCAUCUUAUAGUCUGAAAAAUACGGUAUGUAAACUUUGCGCCAAAGUACUACUGAAAUCCAACAGUAGUGCUAGCAUACUUUGUAUCAUACGUCUCUAAUAGUUUUAAAUAGUUUUAAUGCAGGAAUAUUGUCGUUUUUGUUGGUUAAUAUAGAAUAUAGUAAAAGGACCAAAUUUACAGUAUUUUCAUGACAUUAAUAACCCUGUUUGCCACCAUGAAAUGGGUAGAAUGACCUGUUUGGGAUGAUGUCUUUAUAUAAGUGUAAGUAUUUUAUUAGCUGUGUAUUUUAAAUGUAUUAAAUUGAAUAUAAUGUCAGUAAUUAAAGUGAUUUCACAUUUUACAUAGUUAAACUACAUGAUUGCUCUGAUUCAUCUACUGCCACCCUCACCCAUGAUUGGUCAGCAUGUUCCCAGAGCACGCUGAUUGGUUGGUUACAGGACGGCUAACAGGUGAUACUGUAUAUUGUGCAGCUCUAGCUCGUGUUAUUGUGUAAUCCAGUAUGCAGUGAUCCUGUUUGUAGCUGCUGGAUUCGCUGUUACUUUGUUUUAUAUUUCUUUGUGUAGUUUUUUUAAUUCUGCAUUCCAGAUGGAAAUUCAUGUGAAUUCAGUUGAUAUUUAACAGAAUGAAACACGUAGGGCUGGGGGAGGAGAGGAGCUGCAGGACUCGAGCCGAGCUGUUACUAAUCGUUAGCGUCUUCACACAUGUGGGCAGAGCUGACACACCGGCCCAGCCACUUCAUAUUCACCACUCACUUAGGGGCACACACACACACACACACACACACACACACACCAAAACACUUGCUUAUCUCUUCCCUGAGCGCUGUCUUCCCAGAUUAACUCGCUGAUUUUUUAACAUUCUAUUAAAUUAUUUAUUUUUUAUCUCCUCUUAUUCUGGAUGUUCAGCUCCUAUCAUGUCCUGCCCUGAAUCCUAAAGGCACAAUUUACAGGUUCUGAAAAAGGUUCUGGGUGUGUAUGACUGAGCGUGUGUGUGUGUGUGUGUGUGGAUGUGUGGUUGAGUGCACUUGUAUUUGUAGAAACUUCCACAACUUUGUUUAUAUAUACCCGUUGUCAGGGUUCAAAUCAGUCAGUGGAGCACCUGUGUUUUCCGUUGCCAAGAUAGCAAUACACCAGAAAUGUACCUGAACACACCUCACUUCCAGACCACCACACCCACCAAUGUAGAUUUAUAUAUUUACAAGCACAGUUGCGAAUAGAUUGUUAGCGGGGUGAAAGAUAACAAUGAACAUCACAACAAGCCUUGUGUCUGGUGUAAAAUUUUGGGUCAUUUUGGAGAAUUUCUAUUGAUCCAUUCAUAUUGAAAUUUUGCCACAUUAAAAAGGACAUCUGCCAGUUUCAUAUUAUGCCGUAUUAUGUGACUAAGACAUUUAAAUUAUAUUUUUUCUUAUGUCUCUAAAUCUAUGAAGGACUGAUGUAAUGUAAAUGGGUCAAUGGACACGAUGCACACAUUUGUGGUAUAGUUUAUAUUUGCAUAAUUAUAUCUGGUGUAAAUAACCUAAGGACUCUGAGAACUUCCUAAAACUGCCUAAAUAUAAAAGACUUAAACUAGAUAAAUGAAUUUAAACACAACAAGAGUCUGUUUUAUCCAGAAUUAUCCUGCUAAUCCCAACAGCAGAAGAAAUAUUAGAGUUAUAUUCACAGUAAUAAUCUUCAGUUCCCUUUUUUGCUGGGUUCCAGGUUACUUAGCCUGUAUGUAGUGUGUGUUUUGUAGGUGGCAGUUUACUGAUAUUUGUUCAUUUGUUGUUGUAAUUUUUGAGUGUUUUACUUGAUGUAAUUUCCUUUUUGUAUGUCAGAUUUUGAACAGCUUAUUCAGUGUUUUGUCAGUGUUUAACCUGUACAGAUUUACAAAUGCUUCAACCUUCUGUGAAUAUUAAUUUGAUAGGAAGAAAUUAAAACAAUCAACAAGUC